CCUAACCCUAUCUUUCUUUUUCUUCUCUCUAGUUCUUUUCUGCUAAAAGAAAUUAGAGAGAGAGGGAGAAGAGAGAGACCCCAGCCGGCCCAGCUGGGCCUCCCUACAGUAGUCGGCCCAGGCCACCGCGGCCUCCCGCAGCCCACCACUCAGGCAGGCCCAUUUGCCUCCCAAAGCCCAACCACUACUCUGUUAACCCUAGCCCGUCUAACCUCCUAGCGCCGCCAGGGAGACCCAUCGCUCGAUCCUCACCCUCUCCCUCUCGUCCUCCCAGCGCCGCCACACACACGCACACACGCAUCGCGCCAGCGCUCCGCCUCCUGCCGCCGGCAACCAGCGCGAAGUCCGUCGUCGGCCGCCCUAUAUCUUCUUCCUUCGUCUUCGCACGCGCCUCGUGCGCCACCUCCCGUCUCGAGCUCGUGCUCGACCGAGCUGCUCCCAUGGCGAUGCCGCCUGGCUCCGGCCACCCUCGAGCGUCGCCCCGCGCCGCAGCCGUCGUCAUCUUCAAGCUCGUCGCGCCUUCGCCUCCGCGCCACUCGCCGGAGCCCCCGCAAGCCGUCCCCGUCGCCGAGUCCCCCGCCGGUCGCCUCUGCCUCGACCCCGCGUCCUCGCCUCCGGCGGCCGUCACCGCUCCGUGCACACCGCUGCCCCGAGCUGCUUCGCCUCCCUCCUCCGACAAGCGCCGCGCCUCCUGCCUCUCCGCGACCCCGCUGCAGCUCCCUCUCCAGACCGUCGCCUCCGCGCCUUCUUGCCUCCUCCGCGCCCAUCUCCUGUUGCAUCUCCGUCGGCCUCAUCGCUGUGCUAUGGAGCUCCUGCCUGAGCCGUCCCCUUCGGCCAACUCUGUUGCUGCUACCACUUCUUUGAUCUUCCCUGGUACAGCUCGUUUCCAACAAACGGCAGCCCGAUGGUUACCUCCACGCCAAGUACCACGACCCGCAAGACAGAGGACGACAAGCACCCCCUUCGAGCUGUCAAGACCGCAAGCGCCAAGUACCACGACGGCCCUCGAAGAGUUCGGAUUCGAUAAGUCCGAUGAUGCUCUUGUACAACUAGGUUGCCGAGACCGGGACCGGCAAGACCGACUACACGGAAACGCCAAGUACCCCUAUGCGCGAAGACGCCAAGACCGUUUCGGGAUUCACCAAGUACCGCUACUGUUGACUCAAAUAUCUACGAAAACGUGUACCACUACCGUCGCCAAGUUCGACUACCGCACGGUUACGUCAAGUUCAUCUACGAAACGUGUACACCUACUUCCUUCGACACGAACGCGUUCCGCCCCGAAUGCACGCUUCGAAGCUUCGGUUUCUUUCCGGAGUUGUGAGGAUUCGUUCGACUACAUCCGUUUGUCUAUAAGUCUAUGA